AUGGCCAUGCUUUGGCAGCAGUUACUCGUCGCCAUUGCAAUAGGCGUGUUAGCUACGCAUGUUGUGGCUGAUCAUGAUGACCACUAUUUUUAUGCAUCUCCACCUCCGCCAAGAUAUGUUUAUAAGUCACCACCACCGCCAUGGACAAGAUCAACGCCCCCUCCUUAUCAUUACUAUUCACCUCCACCGCCACUAAAAUCAUCUCCACCACCCUAUUACUACAACUCACCACCACCAUCCAGAUCACCACCUCAUCCUUACUACUACAAGUCACCACCACCGCCUUCACCAUCACCACAUCCGCCAUAUGUAUAUAAGUCACCACCACCACCCUCUCCAUCACCACCUCCGCCAUAUGUUUAUAAAUCACCACCACCACCCUCACCAUCACCACCACCUCCAUACAUUUAUAGAUCACCACCACCACCACCAUCUCCAUCACCACCACCUCCUUAUAUAUACGAAUCACCACCGCCACCAUCACCAUCACCACCACCACCUCCUUACGUCUACAAAUCUCCACCACCACCUUCAUCUUCACCCCCUCCCCCUUAUAUUUACAAGUCUCCACCUCCCCCAUCUCCAUCGCCACCUCCUCCAUAUGUAUACAAGUCCCCACCACCACCUUCACCUUCACUACCUCCCCCAUACAAGUCACCUCCUCCGCCAUCUCCAUCACCUCCUCCUCCUUAUAUCUAUAAGUCUCCCCCACCACCUUCCCCGCCUCCUCCUCCACCACUAUCAUCAUCACCACCUCCUCCAUACAUUUAUAAGUCACCACCACCACCACCUUCUCCGUCUCCUCCCCCACCAUAUAUCUAUAAAUCACCCCCACCGCCUUCCCCAUCACCCCCACCUCCUUAUGUCUAUAAUUCCCCACCUCCACCAUCACCAUCACCACCGCCACCAUAUGUUUACAAAUCUCCACCACCGCCUUCACCAACACCACCCCCACCAUAUAUUUAUAAAUCACCACCUCCCCCAUCUCCAUCACCACCUCCUCCAUAUGUAUACAAGUCCCCACCACCACCUUCACCUUCACCACCUCCCCCAUACAUUUACAAGUCACCUCCUCCGCCAUCUCCUUCACCACCACCACCGUAUAUUUACAAAUCUCCACCACCACCUUCACCUUCACCACCUCCCCCAUACAUUUACAAGUCACCCCCUCCGCCAUCUCCUUCACCACCACCACCAUAUAUUUACAAAUCUCCACCACCACCUUCUCCGUCUCCUCCCCCACCAUACAUUUAUAAAUCACCCCCACCACCUUCACCAUCACCUCCACCUCCUUAUAUCUAUAAAUCCCCACCUCCACCAUCACCUUCACCACCACCACCACCAUAUAUUUACAAAUCUCCACCGCCACCUUCACCGUCACCACCACUACCGUAUAUUUAUAAAUCACCACCCCCUCCAUCUCCAUCCCCACCCCCAUACUACUACAAAUCACCACCUCCGCCUUACUACGUCUAGGAGAGACACCAAGACUCACAUUAACCGAUUAACUACUUGGAAGUUCUUUUGACAUCGGUUAUAUUUCCUAUUCUUAAUUUAUUCCCCAUCAAGUCAUCAUCAUGUUAUCAUAAAUAUAUUUGUUGUGACCAUUAUGUAUUUCCUUAUAUUACAUAAUAAUUCCUAUUAACUUUCAAUAUUUAAGUACAUUGUCUUGAUUUGAGUUGAAUUUUUUUUUUCUUCUC